AUGGAAUUUGGACAAACAAUCCUCCCAAUUCAACCCCUUCGUUUAGAACAACCUGAUAUUAUCACAGAAGAAGAAAGUAAUGAUAAAGGUGUUGUGUUUAGAUCAUUUGAUUCAAAUCAAACUAACAAAUUAACAAAACAGGAGAAGGAAGAAGUUCUGAUUAAAGAAAUAACAAUGAAAAGCAAAUACAAAAGUUCAGAAAAGAAACCAAAGAAAAAACAAAAGACUACAAUUAAGAGUUCAUUAGAAAGUUGUGGUGUAUUAAAGAAUCAUAAUAUGCCAUUAACACAAGAUAAUAUUUCUAACAUUAAUCAUAUAUUUCCAGUUAAUAAAUAUAUUCGCAUUAGACAAUGGAUUAAUCUUAAUAAUAAAGAUUGUUUAUAUCCAUAUCCUUUUCUUUCAAUGUAA